AGCGGGCGCCGCCGGGGCGGGUGCUCAACACGCGCGCCAUGAAGGAGAUGUACCGCAGCUACGUGGAGAUGCUGGUGAGCACCGCGCUCGACCCGGACAUGAUCCAGGCGCUGGAGGACACCAACGAUGAGCUCUACCUGCCGCCCAUGCGCAAGAUCGACGGGAUCCUCAACGACCACAAGAAGAAGGUCCUCAAGCGGGUGACGCUCAACCCGUCCCUGCAGGAGGCCCUGCACACCUUCCCCCAGCUGCACGCCGAGCCCGGCGAGUCGCUGGUCAAGCUGCGCCCGGCCGGGGAGCCCUACAACCGCAAGACCCUCAGCAAGGUCAAGAGGAGCGUGGGCAAGCCCCAGGCCAAGGUGGAGGUGGAGAAGUCCUUCUUCUACACGCUCUACCACUCGCUGCACCACUACAAGUACCACACGUUCCUGCGCUGCAAGGACGAG